ACUCAACCCCGCCUGUGGUACUCAGCUAAACCAGGCCCCCUUUAUUACGCACUGAGGCCCAAGUGAAGGUCCUCAUUCACUUCUUCCCACCAUCAGUCGCCUAGUCAUUUCACUAUGGUAGAUUUUUGAGUGACACAAUGGGUGUUCUUCAAAAGGAGUUAAAACCGGCAUAUUCGCCCAUUCCUGACGAUCAGUCUGCGACUGAGUCGGAUGACCUCUUAUAUGAAGGUUUCAAGGCACAGCAUGGGAAAAAGUCACGCUGGUCACGAUGGGUAAUAUUAGGCGGUGUCGUGGUUUUCGUGGUGUACUCAAUAGCUCUUGUUACGAUCCCUUACAUGUGGUUCAAGAAAGAGAGGAUUCAUGGCGCCAAUGUCAUCGAUACCCCUAUAAGGAAACAUAUCAAGUAUGAACCUACAUAUUUUGGUCAUACGGAAACCUCAAAAGACUAUAAUCUUGUCGGACAGCCAAGCGAUGAGCUGGACAAAAACUGGAGCUCUCUUAUGCAGUAUUUCUAUGCUGAAGUGCCAAAGGAGUACAUCCAAUCCCUUGGUCGAGAAAGAGAUAGCAUUCGGUUGCCUAAUGGUAAUUAUUUGGCCAAUUAUGCUUUUAUCCACCAGCUACACUGUCUGAAACGUCUACAUCAAUCCUACUUUCCGGAGCAUUACUGGCCAGAUAUGACUGAAGAGGAAAAAGAGCUGCAGCUUGAGCACAGCUUACAUUGCCUGCAAAUGCUCGUGGAAGUCGUUAUGUGCAAGGCCGACGAGACACCACUCACCAUGAUCUGGUUUGAUGAGAGUAUCUUACCUGGCGGCAAUAGAACCAUUGCCCAUGAAUGCAAGAACUGGGAUACACUGAUCGAAGGAAUGGAAGAGGUCAAGGUUGACCCUUUCGAGCCAGGGCUACUAGUUCAUCCCAAGUACGGCCCUGUGGUACCUGACGGUCGCAACACCACACUUGAUAAUAGGAUAGGAUACGUCAAGCAUGCUACACCUCUGAACAGAACAAAGUGGCCAUAAUAAGGGUUAGGGUUAGGCAGCCUACUGUAGAUCGAAGCCGUACGUUCCAGACUUUAGGCGAAAUGAAUGAAAAGGGUGGCAUACUCAUAUAUGAUAAUAAAAUUAACAACGUUUAACAUGGCUUCAGCAGUCACUUUUAUUAAUUAUAAGAUCACAUAGGGGACUUGGGAAUAUUUAAUGUCUACAUUCAACUGCUAAGUACAGAGAUAAUAUCCAAA